AUGCAAAGCAUAGCCAGUCUUAUGAGUAUAAAGCCGUUCGAAGACAUCGGAAAUAUUGAAGAUUUUGAUGACACGGUUGACGGUGCGAUAGCAGACAGAUCUUCAGUGAGUUGUGCUGACGCGCAAAUGCCUCUCCAAACUGCCGAUCCUAACGCUGAGAAUACCAGUGCUCUCGAACAGUCAGUUCAUGAUACCAGUGCUGUGAACACCGAUCACCAUAUAUUGCCCAACGAUUCGAUAGACGAUUCCUUUAUCAGUUACACUGAGAACAUAGCACCGGUUGAUUCGGUGGACACCUCUUUUGCAAUCGACACCUCUUUCGUGAGCUCUGGUGACGAACAAAUGCCUGCAUUUUCAGCCACUGAUGACCUGUUAAGUUGGUGUAAGUCUGUCACGACUGGCUAUCACGGCGUCAAAGUGACUAAUUUUGGCACUUCUUGGAGAAACGGAAUGGCUUUCUGUGCAGUCAUUCAUCACUACAGACCCGAUCUCAUAGACUUCAGUGCACUCUCGCCGUCAGAAAUUAAGGACAACUGCAAGAAGGCGUUUGAUGUGGCGGCCAAACUCGGCAUACCUAAGCUCAUUGAACCGUCAGAUAUGCUGAUGCGGGCGACACCCGACAAGCUAUCGGUGAUGACAUAUCUCUAUCAACUGAGAGCUCACUUCUGCGGCCAAAUGAUGCAAUUGCAGCAAAUCGGAGAUACGGCCAAAGACUCGAUGUAUACGAUUGGAGAACAAGACAGCGAUAAUGAAGUGGACGGCAAUGAAUAUAACGAUAAUUCAAUGACAGACAAUGCGAAUGAAAUGAACAAAAUUAGAAGUAAUUUAUAUACAAAUGAAGAAGCAGUGGAUGGAAGUGGUAGUCAUGUCAACGCUAUUGAUAAUAAAGCAUUUACAAUGUUUGACGAGACGGACAGUAAUGAGCGUUCAAUUCAUAAAAGACAGAUCUCCAGCAAUUGGAGUGAGACUACGGCCAACACUGGAGACGCCGGUGCGACCUCUCCGUCGCCAACACACGAGAAUAGCGCUAAAAAAGAAAGAUUCAGUUUCUCGAAACUCAGAAAUGGAAAACUCAAAGAAUUGCAAAAGAUUUUAACAAAUUCUUUGGAUCUUAAAGAUAAUGAGAGCCAAAGAGAUGUGCAAACAAACAGCGCUGACAUUAAUAAUGGAUCGAUGAGUGCGAGCCAUGAGAGGCCCAAACUAAUGACUCGCAAACAGCUUUUAUACCCUUUUGACUCCGAUAGUGACGAAGAGAUUGAAUUAACUCAUCAUCAAAAUGGAAACAAAUCGCAAAACUCAUCGCAAGCGAGUACUCCAUCGCAUACGGACUCCGAUAAGAGUGUCAUUCGAGAGCCCAUUCGCAGACCCAUUCAAUACGCGUACAAAAAGCCGCCCGUUUUGUCGCCCUCUUCCUCCUCGUCCUCAUCCUCUUCGCCGUCGACGUCAUCGCGUCGUCUGAAUAACGAGUAUUCAAUAACUGGCGGUUCAAUGCAUUCGGGUCUCUAUCGUAUGGCAGAACCCGUGGAAUUAGCUCCGGGUCUGUUGGAUCUGUCGCCUUCCAAGUCAUUUAGGCUACAAAGAGCUCAUUCGGCGCCAACCGGUCACUCAUUCCUUGUGGAUCCGCGAAGACGCCCGCUCUCUAGACAGGAAGAGCUUAAAGAGCGCGCCCGAAGACUACUAGAGAACGCUCGCAAAGAAGCGUUUUCUCCUAAAAAUACUCAACCGAUCGGACACUUGUCUAAACAAGAAGAGGAGAGACAGAGACAGUUGAGAGAAAGAGCCAGAAGACUGAUAGCUGAGGCACGUCAGGGCAUCACAAAUGCCAUCCCGUGGACCAGCUUAGACUCACCCGACUCUCUCACCACUUUUCAUAAUAUUAACCUCGAUUCAAAUCAAGAAGAGGAGAGACAGAGACAGUUGAGAGAAAGAGCCAGAAGACUGAUAGCUGAGGCACGUCAGGGCAUCACAAAUGCCAUCCCGUGGACCAGCUUAGACUCACCCGACUCUCUCACCACUUUUCAUAAUAUUAACCUCAAUUCAAAUGUUAAUAUCAAUGAUAACGCAAACAAUAAUUAUAAUUCAAAUGAUAAUCAUAUUGAGAACCGAAUCAAUAAUUAUAAUAAUAUCAACACAAACGCGUCCAAUGCCAGCAAUAACUCUAAUGUCAACAAUAAAAUGCUUUCCCGGAGAGGUUAAUACACAUUAUUCUAUAAGAAUAUUCUUAUUAUAAUAUCAAAA